AGCCCUUACAAUAACCGAGCCGGUUAGUCGGCGAGAGGGGUAGCUGGCGGUGUGUGCUCUGCACAGCUCACUCCCUGCAAUGGCGCUGUGGAUUGGUAAAAUAGUUCCUCCUUUUCUACUCACCAUAACUUUGUUGCUGGUUGCAAAUGGACCGCCGUGUGCACUUUGUUGCCCGAGCCGAUGUUUAUGUUUCCGGACCACGGUGAGGUGUAUGCAUCUACACUUGGAAACUGUGCCAGCCGUUUCACCCCAGACCACCAUUCUUGACUUGAGGUUCAACAAAAUCAAGGACUUGCAACCCGGUUCCUUCAGACGACUCAAGAACCUCAACACACUACUCCUCAACAACAAUCUCAUACGAGGGAUUCCCAGGGGAGCCUUCGAAGACCUGGAAAACCUCAAAUAUCUCUAUUUGUACAAGAAUGAAAUCCAAUCAAUUGACAGACAAGCAUUUAAGGGGCUUGUGGCUCUUGAGCAACUGUACCUGCAUUUCAACAACAUCGAGUCCUUGGAGCCAGAGUCCUUCACCCACUUGCCAAAGCUGGAACGCCUGUUUUUGCACAACAACAGAAUCACUCACCUGGUCCCAGGGACCUUCACUCACCUUGAGUCCAUGAAAAGACUGCGCCUGGACUCCAACAUGCUGAACUGUGACUGUGAGCUGCUGUGGUUGGCCGACCUGCUGAAGCAGUACUCCGAGUCGGGCAACGCCCAGGCCGCCGCCACCUGCGACCACCCCGGGAGGCUGCAGGGCCGCUCGGUCGCCACGCUCAGCGCCCAGGAGCUCAACUGUGAGGUUCCCAGGAUCACGUCGGAGCCCCGGGACGUGGACGUCACGUCGGGGAACACCGUGUACUUCACCUGCCGGGCGGAGGGGAACCCUAAACCGCAGAUCAUCUGGCUCAGGAACAACAAUGCUCUGAACAUGCGUGACGACAGCCGGCUGAACCUGCUGGAGGACGGCACCCUGAUGAUCCAGGACACCCGGGAGACGGACCAAGGCGUGUACCAGUGCAUGGCCAAGAACGUGGCCGGGGAGGUCAAGACCUCCGAGGUCACCCUCAGAUACUUCGGGGCGCCCUCCCGGCCCAGCUUCGUCAUCCAGCCCCAGAACACGGAGGUGUUGGUGGGGGAGAGCGUGACGCUGGAGUGCAGCGCCACGGGCCAGCCGCAGCCCCGCGUCUCCUGGACCAAGGGGGACCGCACGCCGCUGCCCAACGACGCGCGCAUCAACAUCACGCCGUCCGGCGGCCUCUUCAUCCAGAACACGGUGCAGGAGGACGGCGGCCAGUACACCUGCUUCGCCUCCAACAACGUGGACACCAUCCACGCCGGCGCACACAUCAUCGUUCAGGCCGUCCCCCAGUUCACCGUCACCCCCCAGGACCAGUCUGCGCUGGAGGGCCACACGGUGGACUUCCCCUGCCAGGCCAGCGGCAACCCGCAGCCCGUCAUCGCCUGGACGCGGGGCAACAGCCCGCUGCCCCAGGACCGCCGGCACCAGGUGCUGUCCAGCGGCACGCUGCGCGUCUCCCGCGUGGCGGCCCACGACGAGGGCCAGUACGAGUGCCAGGCGGUCAGCCCCGUGGGCACCGCCCGCGCCGCGGCGCAGCUCAGCAUCCAGCAGAGGGUAACGCCUGUUUUCACAAAUGCUCCAAGGGACCUGACGGUGGAGUCUGGCCAGGACGCCCAGAUUCCCUGCAGCGCUCAGGGCCAACCUCAGCCCGUCCUCACCUGGAACAAGGUUAGAGGCUUGACCCCCCCCUCCGUGCCCCACCUACCUACCAGCCCCACCUAUCUCCCCCGGGGAACGGAGUGUCCGUCAAAACGAAGCGCUCAUCCUCAGAGGAGGAUUAGCCUUAGGAAGGAGGUCAACUUGGGGUGAGAGGGUGGGGCUGGAGAGGAAUGCGGGCGUUUGGUUCCCUGUGGAUUUUUCCUUUUUUUUUUUCGUUUUAUUUCCGUGGCUUCUCGCUAACAGCGCUAGCUCGCUCACGGAGCCGUUAUUCCCCGGGCUAUGUAGCAUUGUAGCUUGCUAACGCCCCCCCCGGUCAGGCCUGGGCAAGCACCUUCCAGGCUCUCAACAUCCACAGUGUAGACAGUCGACCGAGACGAUCCUCAUGUCCACACGGCUCCCCGGUGUCCUACCCUGUUGAC